CGUUAUGAGUCGCUCUUCACCGACUGAAUAGCAGUGGAAGCUGUAUCCAAUUGGUUGACUGACGGAUUCGUGCUUAGCGAUUCAGGUCACGCCACAAACCCUGUUAUUGAGAUAAACCCGGCAGCGCAUUUUCUGAACGACCCGGGACCCCUGUUGUUUUCUCUUGGGUGUAUUGCUUGGGCGUUGUUUUAUCGUGCGGUGCGGUUCCCCAAGCUGAAGGAUGCGUCGCGAGUACAAGUCACGAGCCGACGGCGUCACAGCGCCGGCAGACGAUUUUUAGCGCCGCGGCACGUGCUGCAUCGACCGAUUGUUGCCUCUCGGCUCGUGCGGGUGGCGAAAAAUUCACUCAGUUAUUUGGGUUCAGAAGUUGGAUUGGUGACGCCGCUCCGGCCGAUCCGGUCGAUUAAGGAAUAUUGGUGUUUGUAUCUAGCGGUGGUGUAACUAUAUCGUGGGGUCUUGAUUUGCCAUCGUUUCUGACUAAACGGAGUUAUCACCCAAACGUUCAAAGCCCGAUUCGUAUUUGACAUUGAUGAAGCCGGAGAUGGACGACCUUCACAUCCCGUUCGCUUAUCGACCUCGCAAGCAGUCAUUGUCGGCCAUCAUCGAACGGAUCGUUCUGGAAAAACAGCGCCAGAAAGAAAGGGCGGUAUUCGAACAACAAUUGUCAAAUCAGAGAAGUGUAAAUGUUCCCAAGGUCGAGCCCUGCGAACUGAUUGAAGACUCUGGAAAUGAUUCUCGGAGUGCGCAAAGCCAAGGCGAUCUUCAAGCUUCGAGUUUUUCUCAGGACGGAGACUCUUCGGCUGCGGAGGCGGGGAGCCAGUUCGGUCCGAAGGCGCCCCAGUCGACCAGCCAGGAGGAGGACGAGGAGCUGGAUGAGGACGAUUCUCCGGAGAGGGAGGACGCCAACAUCGACCCCGAACGGCUCAAGGCGUUCAACCUGUUUGUGAGGCUGUUCGCGGACGAGCACUUGGAUCGGACGGUUCCCAUCAGCAAACAGCCCAAGGAGCGAAUCCAGACCAUCAUCGACUCCUGUAACCGGCAGUUCCCCGAGUUUGAGGACCGCACGCGCAAGAGGCUCCGCACCUACCUCAAGGCGUGUCGCCGCCACAAGAGGCUGAAGGAGCCGCUGACCGUCAGUGAUGUGGCCGGACCGGGGCGGGUGCCCACUGGUCACCUGUCCUCAGCGCAGGCCGAGAUGAUCCUGGCGCAGGCGUGCGAGAACGAGACGAGAAGCGCCAAGCGCCGCCACCUCACCCCGGACGCGGACACCCAGCACCAGGAGGGGCCGCCGCCGCUGAUGCAGCUCGCCUCGCUGAUCCCUCCCGAGUCAUCCGGCGAGUCUGUCAGCACCAGCUCCGUCCCGCCGCUGGAGUCGGCUCCGGCUCCUGCUCCUGCUCCGGGACCUGCUGCGGCUCCUCCGGCUCCUGUCCCGGCCCCGGGAUCUGCUCCGGCUCCUGCUCCGGCCCCCAUGCCGUCUCUGCCGCCGUACCUGACCUCCUCGGGAGCUCCGGGCCCGGCCCCGCCGCCGGUCUCGGCUGCGGAGCGCUCCUACCCGCCGCCUCUGCCGCCUCUGCUCAACCACCUACCGCCCACCAGCGCCGUGUUCCACGCCGACGUGGGACACCUGCUGAGACACGUGCUGCCCGGCCGCGCCGGCGCGCCGCCACCGGCCCCGCCGUCACACAGCGCAGGCGGUGAUCUGUUCUUCCGGAGGGCGCCCCACGCUCCGCUCUCGUUCCCUGAGGCGGUAGCUGUGCGUGCUCUGGUCGACGGCUACCGCCAGUCGGCCGGCCUGCUGCGCCGCACAGCGGACGAACUUGAAGCUCUGAUACCUCACCAUCUGCUAUAGAGGUCGCCCUGGUCGGUGGGUCGGUAUCACGGAGCUAUUUUACGAUAAUAAUCUCGGAUUGCAUGCGACUGUAAAUAGACUGUGAUUAGGUUGGUGUUAUCGUCAUGAACAGCGCGCAAUGUUUGUUAGUCGAAUCAAUAUGUCCUGUGCGCAUGAGAGAUCUGUGAAGUCCGGUUCUGCUGUGCCUCGCUAAUGAUCAGUCAGUCGUGUGUGAUGUUUGCGUCGGAUGUGAAUCUAGCGCUGUGUUACCGCGUGCAUGCCAUUGUAAAUCUGAUUGUGUUCCUGUUCUCAGUUCUAUUUUCUUUUGGACGGUUAUCAGUUCAUCUUAACGAGAUCGAAAAUCAGUUUUACUGUAUGUCUUCAAAUGUUCUUUUUCCUUGUAAAUAUAUGUUUCAAAGGCAA